GUGGACCUGAGCUCCAACCCUGCAGUCUGUGUGUCCUUGACAUAGGUGCUGAAACUUCCAGGACAGCUUCUUCAUCAUUCAGGUGGGAAUCAUUCUACCUUAGGCAAAGGAGUCUAAGAGGCACAUGUUGAAUAGCACGGAGAAUCCCAGAAGUUUGCAUUUUAAGCUCACAGUUGUCUAAGAAGAGGAAGCUGCAAUGGAUCCAGCUGUCUUCCUGGUGUUCUGCCUCUGCUGUUUGCUUCUCCUUUCACUGUGGAAACAGAACUCUGGGAAGGGGAACCUCCCGCCGGGCCCCACUCCUCUCCCAGUUAUUGGAAAUAUCCUGCAGCUAGAUGUGAAGAACAUCAGCAAAUCCUUAAGCAAUCUCUCAAAAGUCUAUGGCCCUGUGUUCACCGUGUAUUUUGGCAUGAACCCCACUGUGGUGCUGUAUGGAUAUGAAGCAGUGAAGGAAGCCCUGAUUGAUCUGGGAGAGGACUUUUCUGGAAGAGGCAAAUUCCCAGUGGCUGAAAGAAUUAAUAAAGGGUUUGGAGUGCUUUUCAGCAAUGGAAAGAGAUGGAAGGAGAUGCGGCGCUUCUCUCUGAUGACCCUACGGAAUUUCGGGAUGGGGAAGAGGAGCAUUGAAGACCGCGUUCAGGAGGAAGCCCGCUGUCUGGUGGAGGAGUUGAGAAAAACCAAUGCUUCACCCUGUGACCCCACUUUUAUCCUGGGCUGUGCUCCCUGCAAUGUGAUCUGCUCCAUUAUUUUCCAGAAUCGUUUUGAUUAUACAGACCAGGAUUUUCUUAACUUGCUGGAAAAAUUCAAUGAAAACUUCAGGAUUAUGAGCUCCCCUUGGAUCCAGGUUUGCAAUAAUUUUCCUGCUAUCAUUGAUUAUCUCCCAGGAAGUCAUAACAAAAUACUUAAAAACGUUGCCGAUUUAAGAAGUUAUGUUUUGGAGAAAAUAAAGGAACACCAAGCAACCCUGGACAUUAACAAUCCUCGGGACUUCAUUGAUUGUUUCUUGAUCAAAAUGGAACAGGAGAAGCACAAUCCACAGUUGGAGUUUACUUUUGAAAACUUGAUAGCCACUGUAACGGAUUUGUUUGGAGCCGGGACAGAGACAACGAGCACCACGCUGAGAUAUGCUCUCCUGCUCCUGCUGAAGCACCCGGAGGUCACAGCUAAAGUCCAGGAAGAGAUUGACCGUGUGGUUGGCAGACACCGGAGCCCCUGUAUGCAGGACAGGAGCCACAUGCCCUACACAGAUGCCGUGGUGCAUGAGGCCCAGAGAUACAUAGACCUUGUCCCCACCAAUCUGCCCCAUUUGGUGACCCGUGAUGUUAAAUUCAGAAACUACCUCAUCCCCAAGGGCACGACCGUAUUGGCAUUGUUGACUUCUCUUCUGAAUGAGGACAAGGAAUUCCCCAACCCCGAGGUGUUUGACCCUGGCCACUUCCUGGACGAGAGUGGCAACUUUAAGAAGAGUGACUACUUCAUGCCUUUCUCAGCAGGAAAACGAAUGUGUGUGGGAGAGGGCCUGGCCCGCAUGGAGCUGUUUUUAUUCCUGACCACCAUUUUACAGAACUUUACCCUGAAAUCUCUGGUUGACCCAAAGGACAUAGACACCACCCCAGUUACCAGUGGGUUUGGCCAUGUGCCGCCGUCAUACCAGCUCUGCUUUAUUCCUGUGUGAGGAAGGGCAGCCGGUCAUCGAGCUGCUGCUGGGUUGUUGUCUGUAACCCUCCCCCCUCCUCUGGCGUGUCAUUCACCUUCUCACUAGUAGGGAUGCUUUCUAUGACCUCUCAUGUCACAUCUCCCCACUCUCUCACUAUCCAGCAAAUAUCCAACCUCCAUUAAAGGAGAAUUUCCUGAGUUUCACAAAUAUAUUUGCUAUUCUUUAUGCUCUGUAGCACUUGUGUUGGCCACCACGUCCACUAGUACUUGUCUAAUAUUGAAUUAUUACUAUGUUAUCACUGUGAAGCAGAUCAAAAUGAUUAGUAUAAACCAGUACACAGCCACCUGUGCACUGCAUGUUCUGAAAAAAAAAAUUCUAUUUGCUGACCCAGUCUAUAGACUUACCUUCUGUUGUGUAUAAUGCACUUGAGAAAUGGAAGAAAAUAGAAUCUAAAGAGGCCAUGCUGGUCCUUAGAAUGAUAAGCAUGGAGAGGGACAGAGGGGAAGAGGGCAGAAAAGCUCUCCUGGCUGAGUAGCACCUAGAGUUACUUGAGGUUUGGAUGUGAAAGAGAAAAAGUGUGUCCAGGAACAGCUCCAACCUGCAGGGUUGAGCCUAUCAGUGAGAGGGAGGAAUGAACAAUCAGUGUUAGAAUCCAUUCCUCUGCUCUGGCGUCUGUGAACAUUGUAAAGGGUUUUAAGUGUUAUUACUUCGUGUUUUAUACUUACAGUCAAGUAUUAACAGAUGCUUUCGUAUUUGCUAAUCAUAUGUUCUAAGUGUUAUUCUUUUCUCCCCAAACAAGACUCAAAUCCCUGGAAGGCAUCACCAGAUUCUGUUCCUUUUCUACUUUCCACCAUAUUGUUUUAUACUUUACAUGAGUGCAAUGGCAAUUUGAUGUUAUGAUCUGAAGUUUUCUGUCUUGUGUCAUCUCUAAAGCAUAGAUAACUGAACAUCUUAUACAAGUCGGAAUUACUGUCAUCAUUUUUCCUCGUCUUGAGUGUGUGAAAUGAGGAAUAGCAUUGCCUGUGAACUUUUGCUGGCUCAUCUUCUAGAGAAAUCAGUUUAUACUUUGGCAUGCAUUUUUAAGAUAACAUAUUGAGAUAGAUGUACAUAUAUAUCUAUAUAUGUGCAUAAGUGUAUAUUCACAUAUAUAUAUAUAUUGCAUACACACAUAUACAUAUGAGAUUAAAAUGAUUAUUUGCAAUAUUGGGCUCAUAUUAUACAUAUUAUUCUACAACUGGCUGUUUUUCUACGAUACAAUAUGCCAGGAAAACCUCUAAGUAAUAAAAACAUGGGUAGAUGAUUGGAAUGGAUGCAUUGCAGAAGAGAAAAUGGAAAUGGUUACUAAACAUAUGAAACGAUCUUAAAAAUAAAAAGUACAUAUGUUUUCUUCUA